CGCCAAAGUCCAACCAACGCCAGCGUCCAUGCCACAAAACCCGCCAGAAACAACAGCGUGCAGGAAGAUUACUCUCAAAAUAAAACCAAGUCCAACUCCAGCCUAAUGUUCACUCUGCUGUGCCACCUGCUUCUUGAGCUUUCUAGACGGCUUGCGUGGUAUGCAGGGUCGAUGCAGGCGGCACUGCUGACCCACUAGAUGGCUACCUUGGCGAUUGCGGCGUAACUGACCUAUCGGAUUUUCUCGCGUUUGGGUCGAUGGUGCUGCGGGCGAUCUCGCGCCUCACAGCGUCUGGCUACUUGCCGGGUUUGCCUGAUGCAGCGGGUUUGAUGACUUCCCCAUCGGGGUCACCAAUGUCCUGGCAUUGCUCUUGCGUCGCGAUGGGUUCGACUUGUAUCGGUUCCUUGUCGGCGCAAGCGGGGAGCAGGUUGGCUUCGUUAGUGAAGCAGAGGUACAACAUGGCCUUGAGCCAGUUGUCCUCCGCAGCGGCGUUUCCGUUGACGGCAUUAUCGCUGCGCAUGUGGAGGCACUUGGCGACUAUUUCCUUUUCAACCUCCACAUCGCCCACCCCAUUCCCCCCCGAAACUCUCUCCCAGCUUAGCAUCCAACCCCUUCUCCCCCUCGAUCUUCCCUCCCAUAGCUUUCUUCUUUUCCGGCGUCGGCACAGUAGCUACACUCGGCCCAAACACCAACUUCAGCACGACCUUCUCCUUCUCCGGCUUCGGCUUCGGCGUCUGCACAGCUUGAGCUGGCGUAGAGCGCAGAGGGGUCGGCAUCACAACCCUAGCCCUAGGCCGAGACGCCGACGCGCUGGCGAGGACGGCAAGGAGAUUGUGGUUCUCAGUCGGAAUUGGGAUUGGGGCGUAGGGCGGGGUUGUUGUAAUUGUAGUUGCCGGUGUAGAAGCGGUCAGCCAGGCGGUCUUUGCAGGUCCAAUCUCGAUCUCGGUUGGGGCAUCGUCUUCUUCGGCUACGGCCAUUGGGCCCUGCGUCUCGUGCUUCUCUUCUUCUUCUGGCUCCAUCGAUGGGCUCUCAACGGCGUCAGGCAUGGCCGCGUCCGUGCCAUCUGCAUUAUUCCCACUCGCCUCCGCAGCCCUUGUAGCUUCUAUCCUCAUCAGCACACUUCCGCCACCGGAACAUAUCAAGGCUGGAACCUACUCUCUUCAAACUCUUCAUGUGCGCGCACAGCCUGGCGCAGCUCGCACUUAUCCCACCCUACAUCCUCGACACUCUCCACGCCCCUCGAGUAAAAGCUAAAAAACUUAUCCCGGAAUCUCAACCCCUCCUCCUCUUUACC